AUGAUAAAACUCAUAGCAUCUUACAAUGAUGAAGUUGCAAGAACUGUGUUAGAAAAUGCUCCAUAUAAUGCUAAAUAUACUUCACAUCAAAUUCAAAAGGAAAUCUUGCAUAUACUCUCAAACAAGGUGAGAAAGCAUAUUUGUGAAGAAAUUGGAGAUUCCAAGUUUUGCAUUGUAGUAGAUGAAGCUCGUGAUGAAUCCAAAAGAGAACAAAUGGCACUUGUUUUGAGAUUUGUUGAUAUACAUGGUUUUAUUCAAGAGCGUUUUUUUGAUCUUGUACAUGUCAAAGAUACUACAUCAUUAACUCCAAAACAAGAAUUGUGUGGUAUUCUUUCUCAACAUGGUCUUGAUGUCUCUAAUAUUCGUGGUCAAGGAUAUGAUGGCGCCAGCAACAUGAGAGGAGAAUGGAAUGGGUUACAAGCAUUAUUCUUAAAAGAUUGUCUUUAUGCUUACUAUAUCCACUGUUUUGCUCACCGAUUACAACUUGCAUUAGUUGCUGCAUCAAGAGAAGUUAUUCCUGUGCAUCAGUUUUUUUCAAAAUUGACUUUCAUCGUCAACAUCAUUUGUUCUUCUAGUAAGCGACAUGAUGAGUUACAUGCUGCCAAGACAGAUGAAAUUGUCCAUUUAUUAGAGUUUGAUGAACUUGAAACUGGUAAAAUCAAAUUGAUUAUUGUUGAUGGAUCAACUUAUUCUCAGCGUGGUGAUGCAGAUAGUGCUUAUAAUACCCAGACCUCAUUUGAGUUUGUAUUGAUCUUGCAUUUGAUGAAAGAUAUGAUGGGAAUAACUGAUAUUCUUUGUCAAGCUUUACAAAAGCAGUCUCAAGACAUAGUUAAUGCUGUGCAACUAGUUCAUUCUACAAAAACACUUAUCCAAAACAUGAGAGAUGACAGAUGGGAGGAAUUAUUGAAAAAUGUGAAAUCAUUUUGUGAGCAACAUGAUAUUCUAAUUCCUGAUUUAACUGCUUCUUAUGUUGCAAGGCAAGGACGCUCGCGUCACCAAAAAGAUCAUAUUACAGUUGAGCAUUAUUUUAGAGUGGAGAUAUUUUUAGUCACAAUUGAUAAGUGA